CGUCCGCGUCCGCGUCCUCGUCCUCAGUCCUCACCGAGCGCUCUGCGCCGCUUCGCCAUCCGCGCGCCCGGACUCCCGCUCGCCCGCCGCCUCCGCCGGGGCCGCCGCCGCCGCCUGCCCGCUGCCUCCCCGGACCGCGUGUCCGCCUCGGAGGGCGCAGGUUCCCGCUGCUGCCGCCGCUGCCGCUCGCGGGCCCGGCUUUGCAGGCGCUCGAGCAGCGCGCGGGCCCGGCCGCCCGGCCCGGCCUCCGCCGCCUCGGGGCCCGGGUACCGCGCGACGUGGAACAGCGCCAUGGCCCGGACCGCUGCCCUGUCGGCGCGAGGCGGUGACGUCACGAGGGCGCCGCGGGCGCGCCGGCAGGACGUCACGGGCGCGCCGGGCGCCGGCGCCUGUCCCUCGCGCGAUCGCACGGCGUGGAGAUGGAGGCGGAGGCCGGAUGGGACCGAGCGCGGGCGACCCCGCGACCCCCGCCGAGCUCUGGGUCACCUGGUGCAGGCGGUGCUGUGCAGCCGCGGCGAGGCCAACGCCGUGUUCGACGUCCUGGCCGCGCUGCAGUCGGAGGACCAGGAGGAGAUCCAGGAAGCAGUCCGCGCGUGCAGUCGACUCUUCGGGGCCUUGCUGGAGCGCGGGGAGCUGUUUGUGGGCCAGCUGCCCUCCGAGGACAUGGUCAUGGCAGGGUCCCAGAGGGCCAUGCGCAAGUACAAGGUGUGGAUGAGACACCGCUAUUGCAGCUGCUGCAAUCGCCUGGGGGAACUCUUGGUCCACCCCACCUUUCAGGUCAAGGAGCUGGCCCUUGGAACACUCAUGAAGUUUGUGCAGCUGGAAGGAGCACAUCCCCUGGAGCAGCCCAAGUGGGAAGGCCACUACCUGUUCCCCCGCACGCUCUUCAGGGCAGUGGUGGGAGGACUGCUCUCCCCUACAGACGACCAGAGCCUGCUCCUCUCUCAGUUCCGGGAGUAUCUGGAGUUCGACGACGUUCGCUACCACACGAUGCAGGCUGCCUCAGACGCCGUGGCUCAGGUCACCAACCAGCAGCCUGAGCCGCCCCUCACCUUCUGGAACAACGCCUUCGCUCUGCUGUGUGCUGUGAGCCUGCCUCUCCAGGAGCAAGACCUGUCCAGCUUCUACGUGAAGCACGCAGAGCUGUUGGACAAGUGGAAGGUCACUCACCUGCGGGAGCAUAGGAAGGUGUUCCAGACCAUGUGGCUCAGCUUCCUCAAGCACAAGCUGCCCGUCAUCCUCUACAAGAAGGUGCUCAUGGUGAUGCAUGAUUCCAUCCUCCCGCACCUGGCCCAGCCCACCCUCAUGAUUGACUUCCUCACCAGUGCCUGCGAUGUGGGGGGUGCCAUCAGCCUUUUGGCCUUGAACGGACUUUUUAUCCUGAUUCAUAAGCACAACUUGGAACACCCCGACUUCUACCGGAAGCUCUACGGCCUCCUGGACCCAUCUAUCUUCCACGUCAAGUACCGGGCCCGCUUCUUCCACUUGGCGGACCUCUUCCUGUCCUCCUCCCACCUCCCUGCAUACCUGGUGGCCGCCUUCGCCAAGCGCCUGUCCCGCCUGGCCCUGACGGCUCCUCCAGAGGCUCUGCUCAUGGUCCUGCCCUUCAUCUGCAACCUGCUGCGCAGGCACCCUGCCUGCCGUGUGCUGGUGAACCGCCCGCAAGGCCCUGAGCUGGACACUGAUCCCUACGACCCUGAGGAGGAGGACCCAGCACAGAGCCGAGCCCUGGAUAGCUGCCUCUGGGAGCUGCAGACUCUCCAGCGGCAUUACCACCCGGAGGUGUCCAAAGCCGCCAGCGUCAUCAACCAGGCGCUGUCUGUCCCAGAGGUCAGCAUCGCGCCGCUCCUGGAACUCACUGCCUAUGAGGUCUUUGAGCAGGACCUGAAGAAGAAGGGGCCUGAGCCAGUGCCACUGGUUAUCCCAGCACAGGGCCUGCUGGGCCGGCGGGAUGACCUCUGCGCCCAGUUCUUCACGCUUAGUUGA